AUUAAGAUCAACCAUCAACUGUGCUAAAGAUAUCAAGUUGCAUGCAAGAUCUGGAAUUAGUAAAACAUUUUGGAGCACGGUCUAUGGACUUCACUUGACCUACACUGGUGACAUGGGUUAUAUCACCAUUAGGAAAUGUCACCAAUUUGUUAGCAAAAGUCAAAUAACUAGAGCAAUCAGUCAUAUGCUAAGAGUCUCCGGAAUCAAGGAUCCAAUCAACUUGAUUAUUCACACCUCUCAAUUUCUCAUCAGAAGAAUUCACCUUGCAACUUUUCAUAAGUUCAAGGUAUCCAUGCCAUUGUUCAUUACUAAAGCUUGUGGGCUGUGUGUAUCCCCUAGUUUCAAUCUCUACCUUGCCAUCAUAUUGGGAAUCAAUGACUGCGUGCACCACUUGUUUUCCUCAUCCUCUCUCUGAUCUAGUCUGUACGCGUCCGCCACGACCACUUCCAGGAUUCUCGUACCACCACUCCGGGUGCUUCCCAGUUUUCUUGUAACAACUGUUAAGUUCAUGCCUGCUCCUCUUGCAGUAGGUACUAGGUACAUACCACAUUGUCAUCUCGCCCAUGUUAACUUCACGCCGUGGUAUGUACCUAAGGAGAAUUACUUCUUCGUAAACUUUUUGAACUAGGGAACAGGUUGAAGAAAUAUCAAGUUUUGUGAAGUCAGAACUGAGAAGACUUUUUCUGGACUCUGGUGGACAUUGAGAGAAUUUAUGGGCAAAACGUUUACAGUAAAGUUCCAAUUUUGUAGCUACUGGUCUUCGAACAGACUUCAUCAGCAAUAAGAUAAGAAGCUGUUAACUGUCAAUUUCAAGCAGCAGCAGGUCAGGGAGGCAUAAGGAUUGCAAAGGUUGAAGGCAAAAAGCUAAGCUAGGAGAUAGACAAAAAGGAAGGAAAUAAGAAGUUUAGCAGGAUUAGGAAGAAACUAGUCCUAAACAAGUGUUAGAAAGUUAGAUUAUUUGUACUGAGGAACAGUAUAUGCUAUACAUGGCACAUACUAUUGUAUUAUAUAUAUUGAUCAUUUGAUCCAAUAAAAUCUUCUUUCACCGUU